AUGGCGAUUGAAGUUUUUCCAGAUAGUCCGAGUCUGGGACCGAGCCCCAGAAUCUCAUUUUCUCACGAUCUUUCUCAAACAGAUGUUGUACCAGUCGAACAAUACAUUGGAUCAAGUUCAUCAUCAAGUGUGGAUUUUGAUUUUUGUGUUUUUAGGGAAAGUUUCAUGCAAGAAUCUUCCUCGGCCGAUGAACUUUUCUUCGACGGAAAGAUACUUCCCAUUGAAAUCAAGAAAAGGCUGGCCCCGGCUGCACCGUCAAAAAGGGCAGCGCCACAGGUUUCACCACCACUACCACCUCCUCUUCCUUCACCAGUCUACGAUCACAUUCUCAAAUCUAGCAAGAGCUUGAAGAAAAUUACUACAGAAUCAGAUGAAAAGCAAAAUUCUUCCAAGUCAUUUUGGCGGUUCAAGCGGAGUACAAGUUUAAAUUGUGGCAGUGGUUAUGCUAGAACAUUAUGUCCUUUGCCAAUUUUAUCGAGAAGUAAUUCAACAGGUUCAGCAUCAAACAGUAAGCGUUCUUCAGUGAAACAAUCACAAUCUAUAUCACCAAAUUCAAAUACUACUCACCAAAGGCCUCCAUUGAAGAAAACUUAUGCCAACAUUAAUGGGAUUAGAAUUAAUCCAGUUCUUAAUGUUCCUCCAGCAAAUCUCUUCGGAUUCAGUUCCAUUUUUUCUGGUGGCAAGGACAAAAACAAAAACAAAAAGAAGUGA